UUCCGAUAAGAACAUGAAAGAUAAGAUGGCGGCCUCGUAUGGGUCGGGCUUACAAAGCCCCCCACCGAUCGGAAGGCCCGUCGAUCGAGUAUUUGAAGAAGCGCAAUUCACAGGAGAAAUAUAUUUGAAUGGAAGAAAACUAAGAGACUACCCAAAGAUUUGCAGCAAAUAUGAUUUGAGUGAUACAAGCCAUGUCGAUAUCUCCCGGAAUCGUCUGACAGAGCUGCCUCAGGAGGUUUGCCAGUACAUGUUUGUGGAGAAAAUCAACUGCUACCACAAUGUGAUCCGCUUCAUCCCCGACUGUGUGCAGCAGCUGCAAGCUCUCACUCACCUCAACCUCAGUCGGAACCAGCUGACAGUGUUGCCCACGGCACUGUGUGAGUUGACCUGCCUGGAGGUGCUCUCGGCAAGCAACAACAAACUGGUCUCUCUUCCUGAGGAGAUAAGCUCUCUGGAGAGACUUAUGGAUCUGGAUGUGAGCUGUAAUGAGAUUGCCCACCUCCCUCCACAAAUAGGAGACUUGACUUCCUUGAGAUGCCUGAACCUGCGGCGGAAUUUUCUGGUGGAGCUACCCGUUGAUUUGCCGAAAGGGUCGCCAGCACAUCAUGAAAUAUCUUCAGAUUGAAGCGAUCAAGGAAGACAGGAAGCGGGGCAUCAUGGUCAGCAACGACGCGGACAUGAAGCGCUUUGUCCGCAAAUCUCUGCCUCCACAACAACCGUCGGAGGACAUGCGGAACAUGCUGGGUGGCUCCGAGUCCAAGUGGAAGCGUCACACUGUGCUUAGCAACGACUCAGGCUACAGCACCACAGACACAUCAGGGGACCGCAAUGGCUGGCACAGUGCCGAGGGUAGUGUUUCGAGUUUGGUGGAGUACCGACAUACGCAGCGUGCGCACUCUCCCUCUGUCUCAAUGGUUCAAGGUCCACUCUCUCCCUCGCUGUACCCGCCCAGCCAGCGGUCGGGAUCUCCAAGCUCGGUACACAGUGGGCCUCGAUCACCGCGGGAACUCGGGCCCUCCCACAUCCCACCUCCAGUAAUGGCUGCAGAAGCUCAGUCCAUGAGUUACAUGAGUACUGAGGGAUGUGAGGGCGGUGACAGCCCACCAGAGACUCCGCCUACUCCUGUCAUGCGUGUGGGAGUGAUGGAGGAUGAGUUCACCAGGGAGCUGAAGCGACAGAAGGCAGAUUAUGAGAGAAAAAAGAAACAAGCAGAGCAGAUCCGGAUGAAACAGCAGUUGGAGGAAGAGGAGGAGCAGGAAAAGGAAGAGAGGAGGAGGACUGCGCUGAGGCUGCAGGAGGAGCAGCGAGCUGUGAUGGAGAGACAGGCGGAGGGACGAAGACAGGAGGAGACGAGGAGGGCGGAAGAGACGAGGAGGACGGAGGAGGCAAAGCGGGCAGAGGAGUUGAGGAGAAUGGAGGAGGACCGUCUGAGGAGGGAGGAAGAGGAGGCAGCCAGGAAAAGAGAGGAAGAGCUUCUUCGUUUACAGGAGUCGGUCAAACUACAGGAGGAACAGGAGGCUCAGAGACAGAAGGAAGAGGCACAAAGGAGAUUAGAGAGUAAACUGCAGGAGGAGGCCAAGAAGAAUAAGCUGUCCAACAAGCGUUCACCUGCUAGCUUCUACAAUCACAAUAGUCACAGCAACACAAAUAUUCAGAAGCCGCCGAUUCAUUCACACCCCAACCACCUCCAUUACAACCACCACCACAACAACAACAACCACCACAACACCACCACAACUGGCCAAGGUCAGUACCAUCCCCGGCCGGAACACGUGAGCUCCGCGCCCCCUCACCGCCCCCCUCCUGCUCCCCCCACCUCCCUGGCCCUGCAUGGUUUGACCUCUGGCCCCAGCAGCCCAGCCUCGGCCUCGUCGUCAGUGUCGUCAUCGUCGUCAUCGGCGACAUCAUCGCGGUGCACGCCUGAGGACAACUACAUCCUCUCUGAGCACCAGUAUAGUGGCCUGUCGGAGAACUCACGCCAGUCUAGCGCAUCCACGACCCCGUCAGUCUCCCCUUCCCCGUCCCCACGUAACUCUAUCUCCCACCUGGCCAAACCCAGCAGCCCCAGUGGGUCACAGUCCCACAUCGCCAAGCCCACCGGUCCGUCCUCGGGGGCCAACACCUCACACUUGGCCAAACCCACCGCGGGCAACAAGUCCUCGGUUCCGCGGGCCAACGGGCCAGACCGCUCCGCCCCACAGAAUCAGGCGGUGCGGAGGGCAAAGGUCGCAGGAGACAGGUCGAGCACAUCCAGCCCUGUGUCAGGUCGCUCUGCACGGACCGCUACCAACAGUAAUCUGAGGUCACAAGGCUCAGGAAUAACUCCGACUGGGGGUUCAAACCUACGCCGUAGCAGCAACAGCAGCACCACUGAUGACGACGGCAAGAACAAGAAAGUGUCCAACUCAUCCGUCAGUGACUCGGGCCGGCUCAAGACUCGACUUGAUGAGCAGAAACGAGGGACUACCACUGGCUCUGGGCUCAAGAAACCUGGGCAGUCAGAGGUAGACAACCGACGGAUCAACACACGACCACCGACCAACAGUUAUGGGGGAACAAGGACCAGGACAGGUGUGGGUCGUGGAGAAGAUUCAAACUUUACCAUCCGUCGACGAGAUGAACAACUACGGGAGGAGUCAGAACAGAUGGAACGUCUCAGACAGACUGUUGAGUCUAGGUUAAAGGUGACAUUGCCGGACAACUUGCCCGAAGCUCUACGAGACGGUGUUGUUCUUUGUCAUCUGGCCAAUCAAAUCCGCCCACGUUCUGUGGGAACCAUCCACGUCCCGUCACCCGCUGUGCCCAAACUGACGCUGGCAAAGUGUCGGAGGAAUGUGGAGUACUUCCUGGAAGCCUGUCGCAAAAUUGGUGUGGAUCAAGAACAGCUGUGCGGAGCCCAGGACAUCUUUGAGGAGCGCGGCAUCUCCCGGGUGGCCAUCACGGUGGCCGCUCUGGUGGCCAUGGGCAGCUCGCCACGCCAGUCGGCCGUAUGACAUCUGGCCGAGUCGCUGGGGGGUGUGGCCGGGGUGCUCAUCAUGCUGGUGCUGCUGGUGACCGCUACAGAGCAGCUGGGGCUGCCCGUCUACCCCUACCUGUAGUGUCCACCUGUACCCUCCAGGCCUGCCACAGGGGGGGGGGGGAGGAGGAGGAGAA